AUGGCGUCCAAAGAUGGAAGUCAGGAAGUGACAACUUCUCAAACAGUUGAAAAUUCAAGCGAAUCGACUCAGGAGGGGCAAGUUGAAACGUUAUCCAAAAUUCAAUUUAUGGACCUAGAAAAACCUAGUCGCGCCGCUAAACAGGAAAUAGGACCUGUUGCCUCUGAAUUUGUUACACACGAAGUAUCAGCUAACGAGAAAACUAAAAGUGAUGCACAACAAAAGCAUGUUGAUAUUGAUGAACAUUUGCUUUCACCAGAAGAGGUCGCUGAGCGUUAUCACAUUGAUAUAAAUACUGUUAAACCAUCAGAGUCUUAUGGUUUAAGUGAGAACCAUGCUCAUGAUCUAUUGAAUAAAAAUGGGCCAAACAUUUUGACACCUCCAAAAAAGAAACAUCCUAUCGUAAAAUAUCUGGAAUGCCUUGCCUCUCUUUUCAAUAUACUAUUAAUUAUUGCCGGUAUUCUUAUGUAUGUUCUAGUUGGCAUAGAUCCGAUAAGUAAUAAAGAUAUGAUUUAUCUUGGAGCUGUUUUAAUAGGUGUUGCUUUUUUGAAUGCCUUCAUUGAAUUCUAUCAACUACAAAAAUCUGCUGCAAUCCUUGAGUCAUUUUUAAGCUUGAUCCCACAAAAAUGUCACAUUAUUAGAGAAGGGAAGCUCUUACAAGUUGAGGCCUCUACCCUUGUUCAAGGUGACAUUGUUUUAGUAAGAAUGGGAGACAAAGUUCCUGCUGAUUUGUUCAUUUUUGCAGCUACAGACAUGAAAGUAGACAACUCUUCACUGACGGGUGAAUCAGAACCGCAGGAACGUAUCAAAAUAAAUACACAUAAGAGUCCACUUGAAGCCACUAAUUUGUGUUUCUAUGGUACUCUAGUUGUAUCGGGAGAAGGUUAUGGAAUUGUCAUUCGUACUGGUGAUCACACUGUAUUGGGUCAAAUUGCUGGUCUAACCGCCUCCGAAAAAAAAAACAAAUCUCCGUUGGCGCAAGAAAUUGAAAAUUUUGUGAAAAUAAUAGCCACAAUUGCAAUAGCUUGCGCCAUUAUUUUCUUCGGAAUAGGUUUAAAGGUUAAUGCAAAUAAUGUAGCCCUCACAAUUAGUUUUGCUAUCUCUGUACUUGUUUCCUGGGUUCCUGAAGGUUUGCCAGCCACUGUCACUGUACUUUUAACUAUCGCCGCUAAAAGAAUGGCAGCACAAAAUGUACUUGUUAAAGAUCUCCAGGGUGUGGAAACUCUUGGUGCAAUUACUCUUUUGGCCACUGACAAAACUGGCACACUAACUCGUAAUCAAAUGACAGUGACAUACAUCUGGGCUUCGCUAAAUUUAUAUAGUGCAUUUCGAAAUACACAAAAUGAGAACGAUCUUUUUGACUUAAAUGCACCUGGCAUUCAAGAAAUUGUUCAUAGUUCUUUACUUUGUUCUCGUGUAAAAUUUGAUCGUGUUGAUGUUCCAAUUGCAGAGCGUCAAAUUCUCGGAGACGCUACAGAAACUGGGCUAGUUCGUUUUGCUGCCAGUCAAAUUGACAAUUUUGAUGACAUCAACAAUGAAUAUCCAAAAGUUUUUGAAAUACCUUUUAAUUCAGAUACUAAAUGGGCACUCACGAUUCACAAAAAAAAACAUGAUAGGGGUCAUUUAACUUUAUAUAUCAAGGGUGCACCUGAGCGCGUUCUCAAGCUUUGUUCAACUAUUUUAUCCGAAACAGGUGCAAUUUUUUUAACUUCCGAACACAGACAAAGAUAUGACGAAAUAUAUGAAUUUAUGGCUUCAAAAGGACAUCGCGUAUUGGCCUUUGCACAAUUAUUGCUACCUGGUGAUGAGUAUCCCGAGGACUAUGUGUUUAAUAAAGAAGAUAAAAAUUAUCCACUUAAUAAUUUAUGUUUUGUCGGAUUGGUUUCCCUUGAAGAUCCUCCAAAACACGGUGUUCGCGAGGCUAUUGGUCGGUGCCGCACUGCCGGUAUUCGUGUUAUUAUGGUAACGGGAGAUCAUCCAUUAACCGCUGAAGCUAUAGGACGCAAAAUAAAUUUGAUGCUUAAAGAUACCAAAGCUCUUGUUGCCAAAAAAACAGGUCGUCCUAUUGAAAGUAUUACAAAUGAAGAAUAUCAUGCAAUUGUUGUUCAUGGUGAACAAAUUGAUUCUCUAAGUGAUGCGGAUUGGGAUAAUAUAUUUUCUAAAAAUGAAAUUAUUUUUGCCCGUACAUCUCCCCGCCACAAGCUUGAAAUCGUAAAAAGAGCUCAAUCAAUGGGUCAUAUUGUUGGAGUUACUGGUGAUGGUGUUAAUGACUCACCAGCUUUAAAAAAGGCAGACUUAGGUAUUGCAAUGAAUAAAUCAGGGUCAGAUGUAUCCAAGGAGGCAGCUGCUAUGAUUUUGUUGGAUGAUAAUUUUGCUUCAACAGUAAAAGGAAUCGAAGAAGGACGUCUCAUUUUCAUCAACCUCAAGAAAUCAAUUCAGUACACUAUUUCACAUACGGCACCAGAGGUUAUAGUAUCUCUACUUUUCGUUAUUGUCCCUAUUCCGUUACCUUUAACUCCAAUCCUCGUUCUGUUGGUGGAUUUGGGUUUUGAACUACUCAUCGCAUUAACAUUUGCUUGGGAUAAACCGGAAAGCAAAAAUAAACUUAUGAAACUACCACCUCGAAAGCCUGUAACACCAACUUCAAUCAAAAUGGCUCGUCUCCGUGCACUUCGCCGCACUCCGACUAUUACCGAUCCUGAAAGUGGUCAAUCAGUAGUUUCUUCUAAAAUUUCUCAAUUUUUCCGAAACCUAAAAAAACCUUUUACUCGUACGUGGUGGUCAGAAUUAUUUGAGAAAUCUAAUGGAGAAGUAUUAGUCGAUGGUAAUAUAUUGAGCUGGGCUUACUUAGAAAUUGGUAUUAUAGAAGCUAUUGGCUGUGUUGUUUCAUAUUUUGUUGUUUUUUAUGAUCAUGGGCUUACGCCAUAUGACGUACGAUAUAUGCAACAAGCGUCAUCUCAAUUUAAUUAUUUUAGUUCCAAUGCUCAAAAGUAUACAUCUGCUAUUGGAUAUGAAUUAGAUGCUGGUGCACAAAAAGAAGCACUGGAUCAAGCAGUGUCCAUUUGCUAUCUUGCAAUUUUGAUUCAACAAAUGUUUAAUUUAUUCGCUUGUAAAUCCCGUUAUCGUCUUCCAUUUGGCAAAUUCAUGUUUUCGAACCCUCGUAACUUUAUCGGUUUAACUCUUGGUUUUAUUUUGACUAUGCUUAUUGUUUAUGUACCGCCGUUGAACCGUGCAUUUA